AAAUUUUGCCCAUAAAUACAACCCCCCACCCUCCCUUCUACUCACCCCCACAUUAAUUAUGGGCAGCCUCGGAAGCGACACCACCUGGACCGCCGCCGCCGCCGGUGAUCAGCCAACCGCCGGAAAAGUCAUCACAUGCAAAGCGGCGGUGGCGUACGGACCCGGACAGCCGCUGGUGGUGGAGGACAUCCGGGUCGACCCGCCGCAGAAAAUGGAGGUCCGAAUCCGGAUCCUCUUCACCUCCAUCUGCCACACCGAUGUCAGCGCCUGGCAAGGCGAGAACGAAGCGCAGCAGAAGUACCCGAGAAUUCUGGGCCACGAAGCUUCUGGCGUGGUGGAGAGCGUGGGGGAGGGCGUGGCGGACAUGGCCGCCGGCGACCAUGUCGUGCCGAUCUUCAACGGCGAGUGUCGGAACUGCGCGCACUGCCGUUCCGACAAGACGAAUCUCUGCGCGGUGUACAGGGUGGACCCCUUCAAGUCGACCAUGACCGGCGACGGGCGCUGCCGGUUCUCCGCCGCCAGCGACGGCGCUCCGAUCUACCACUUCCUGAACACGUCGACGUUCAGCGAGUACACCGUCGUCGACGCCGGCUGCGUCGUACGGAUCCCCGCCGCCGCGCCGCUCGAGAAAAUGACGCUUCUAAGCUGUGGGGUCUCCACUGGACUCGGCGCGGUAUGGAACACGGCGAACGUGGCGGCGGGGGCGACGGUGGCGGUGUUUGGGCUGGGAGCGGUGGGGCUGGCGGUUGUAGAAGGGGCCAGGACCCGAGGUGCAUCGAGAAUUAUUGGAGUAGACAUAAACCCACAGAAACGUAUCAAAGGUGAAGCAAUUGGGAUAACAGACUUCAUAAAUCCCAAGGAUUUGGACAACCAGGCCGUACACCAGAAAAUAAGGGAGAUGACGGAAGGAGGCGUUGACUAUAGCUUCGAGUGUGCUGGCAACCUCGACGUUCUACGAGAGGCAUUUUUGUCUACACAUGAUGGUUGGGGCUUAGCCGUAGUUUUAGGUAUACAUCCGACACCAAGAUUGUUGCCAUUGCACCCGAUGGAACUUUUCGAUGGAAGAAGAAUUGUGGGGUCGGUGUUUGGCGAUUUUAAAGGAAAAUCGCAAUUGCCAGGUUUUGCCAAACAGUGCAUGAACGGAGAGGUGAAAUUGGACGAGUUCAUCACUCAUGAGAUGCCGUUUUCGAAGAUUAACGAAGGCUUGCAAUUGUUGGUUGAUGGGAAGUCCUUGAGAUGCCUUCUUCACCUUUGAAAAAUGAACAUUUGAUUUGUAUGCAAUUUCUAUACAUGUGUGUGGCCUUGCGAUGAAUGUCUAGCAUUCGCAGUAUUUCUAUGGUAUGGUAUACGAUAAUACGAUGAAUGUAAGUAUGUCUGUGCGUGUUUGAAAUAAAUUUAAUUUGACGUCUUUUAUCAAAA